GUAGGCGCGUGCCGGGUCAGCCAAUGGAGUGAGUCGUUACUGCCAGCGGGGCGGGACUGGGAGCCGCUGCAGACGACGCAAGAUGUCAGAGUCUGGAAGUGGACCACCUGGUCAGCCCUCACCUUUCCCCGGCGCUCCUCCACUGAUGCCACCUCCAUUUAUGCCCCCUCCUGGUAUACCCCCACCCUUCCCACCAAUGGCUAUGCCCCCAUUGGGUCAGCGAUCUCCUGCGCUUCCACCAGUUCCCCCUGGAAUAAUGCCUCCUGGAAUGAUACCCCCAAUGAACAGCCCUCCACCAAUAGGACAGAUGCCAAGCAUGCUUCCCCCUAUGAUUCCUGGGAUGGUUGUGCCAGGUCUCCCACCUUCAACGCAGGGAUCGGCUUCUGGCAGUGACACUGUGACAUCACCUCCUGGCCAAGCUGCUCCAAUCUCCAGUCCGGCACUCAUAGUCCAGCAGACGGCAGCCGGUAGUGACCCUUCUGUCCUGGACACCCAAAGAAAGACAUGCCUGUGGACAGAGCACAAGGCGCCAGACGGCAGGACGUACUUCUACAACUCGGAGACAAAGCAGUCCACCUGGGAGAAGCCAGAUGAGCUGAAAUCCAAAGUGGAGCUCCUGCUGUCCCAGUGCCCCUGGAAGGAAUACAAGUCCGACACUGGCAAGCCCUACUACUACAACUCUCAGACGCGGGAGUCCCGCUGGACGCGGCCUAAGGAGCUGGAGGAGCUGGAAGAAUUAAUCAAGGAGGAGGAAACGGGAGGGAGAACAUCCCAGGAGUCGGACUCCACGGAUCCUAGCUGUCAAGUGGCGACCAACACCGAAUCGGAGAGCCACAUCUCACAGGACAAGGAGAACCCUCCUUCCCUCGCCCAACCCAUCUUGCCUGCUGGCCAGGGAGUGGACCACUCACAGGAUGAAGUGCCAGACAAGGAACCAGAGGAGAACGUGUUGCCGUUCAAUGAAAACGAAAGUGAGUCCAGGAAAGAAGAGGAGGAGGAAGAGCAUCAGGACAUCGAAAAGAAGAUCAUUACCUGGAGCACCAAGGAAGAGGCCAAACAGGCCUUCAAGGAUCUUCUGAAAGACAAGGGUGUUCCUGCCAAUGCUUCUUGGGAGCAGGCAAUGAAGAUGAUCAUAAAUGACCUGAGGUACAGCGCGCUGCCCAAACUGAGCGAGAAGAAGCAAACCUUCAACGCCUACAAAGCCCAACGGGACAAGGAAGAGAAGGAGGAGACCAGGCUGAAAGCGAAGGAGGCGAAAGAGAGGUUGCAGAGGUACCUGGAGCAGAACGAAAAAAUGACAUCUACCACCAGGUACAGAAAAGCUGAGCAUAUGUUUGGGGAUUUAGAAGUGUGGUCAGUAGUGCCAGAAAGGGACCGGAAGGAGAUCUACGAUGAUGUCCUCUUUUUCCUGGCCCGCAAAGAAAAGGAGGAGGCCAAGCAACUGAGAAAGAGGAACAUUCAGGAGCUGAAAGUCAUCCUGGACAACAUGACGAAUGUGACGUACCAGACGAGUUGGUCCGAGGCCCAGCAGUUCCUGAUGGACAAUCCCACUUUCUCCGAGGAUGAAGACUUGCAGAAUAUGGACAAGCAGGACGCCCUCGUCUGCUUUGAAGAGCACAUACGAGCCCUGGAAAAGGAGGAGGAGGAAGAGAAGGAGAAGUGUCGUCUGCGAGAGAAGCGCCAGCAGCGGAAGAACAGGGAGGCCUUUCAGGCUUUUUUGGAUGAGCUCCAUGAGACCGGCCAGCUGCAUUCCAUGUCCACCUGGAUGGAGCUGUACCCAUCUGUGAGCAUUGACAUCCGCUUCUCCAACAUGUUGGGUCAGCCAGGUUCCACUCCACUGGACUUGUUCAAGUUUUACGUUGAAGAUCUGAAAGCCCGCUUCCACGAUGAGAAGAAGAUCAUCAAAGACAUCUUGAGGGACCGUAACUUUGGAGUGGAAAUCAAGACAACCUUUGAGGACUUUGCCCACAUCAUUAGCUUUGACAAGCGGGCAGCCACCUUGGACGCGGGAAACAUCAAGCUGACCUUUAACAGUCUGCUUGAGAAGGCUGAGGCCAGAGAGAAGGAGAGGGAGAAGGAGGAGUCCCGCAAGCUGCGCAGGAAGGAGGCCGCCUUCAAGAGCAUGCUGAAGCAGGCAACACCGCCCCUUGAGCCGAGUUCUGUCUGGGAGGAGGUACGGGAGCGGUUCCUGUGCGAUGGCGCCUUUGAGCAGAUCACACUGGAGUCGGAAAGAAUUCGGCUCUUUAAAGAAUUCAUCCAGGUGCUGGAGAAUGAGUGCCAGCAUUACCACUCCAAGAGCAAGAAGCACUCCAAGAAAACCAAGAAGCACCACCGCAAGAAGUCUCACUCCCACUCGGACUCUGAAUCGGAGGAAGAGGAGCAUCGCCAUCGCUCCCAGAAAAGGAAGAAGCGCAGUCUCUCUGAGUCGGCAUCGGACAGAUCCUCUUCGCCCGAGUCAGAUCGCAGCUCCAGAAAGUCCAGGAAGCAGAAAAAGAGCAAGAAAAGGCAUCGGAAAUCAGGCUCUCCAGACAGCGAAAGAGAGGCAAACAAGGAGAAGGGCAAAAAGGAGAAGGAGUGGGCUGAGGGCCAUGGCCGGUCCCCCAAAAAUCCUUCAAGGAAGGAGAAGACAGGAUGGGACACCUCCGAGAGCGAGCUGAGCGAGGCCGAGCUGGAGAAGAGAAGACGACUGCUGAUGGAGAACGAGUUGAGCGAGGCUGAGCUGGAGAAGAAGAGACGGAACCUCCUGCAGCAGCUCGAUGACAACCAUUAGGCUGCCCGCCUGUCGUUGAGUCACUCACCUUUUUAUUUAAUUAUUUAUUUAUUUUGAUUUGUCAGUAAAAUAUUGAGGACACCAGAAAUGGAAAGCACUCUGCAGACAGAACAGGAGCAUAGGUGCAUUAUUUUUUUUUUAAUAUCCUGAAGUCUGGUGGCACCAUUUUGCCAGUUCACCCUGGCAUCUUCAUAGAGGGCAGCACAACACUGGCAUGUGGAUGCAUGCUGCCCACCUGGCACAACACUGCUUUGGUGCCAAGCAGAUGUGGGAUGCAGGCACCCCGGCUUCCUGCUUUCACCCCUCUUCCCUUCUGACUGUUACUAAUAGGAGUAUCCCAGUGUGCCAGGCUGUGGGCACUGCAAUGGACAGCACCAGCUGAUGAAUACCACUCUCAGUCCUUGGAUACGGGCUUUUUGGCAGUUGUUUAUUAAUAAUAAUAAUUAUAAUAAUAUUAUGUACAGGA